AUGUCAAAAGCAAGAGAUAUCAAGGUUGUCAUUUUAGGUGAUGCAGGUGUUGGAAAAACAAGUAUCUUGAAUAGAUUCUCAAACAAAGGUUUUGAUGAAAACUCUUAAACAACUUUGGGAGCUUCAUUUAUCCCAAAAGUAUUGACCAGGGGUGAUAAAACCUACAAAUUUUAGAUUUGGGAUACUGCCGGUUAAGAAAAAUACAGAUCAUUGGCCCCUCUUUAUUAUAGAGAUACUCAUGCAGCUUUGAUUGUUUAUGAUAUCACCAAUAGGGCCUCCUUUGAUGUAUUAAAAAAAUGGGUUCAAGAACUUAGAGAACAUGGUCCUGCUAAUAUCACCAUUGCAGUAGUUGGUAACAAAGUUGAUCUUAUUGAUAGGGAAGAUGUUAAAUACGAUGAAGCUAAAUAGUACGCAAAUGAAUUAAAUGCCAUCUUUUAAUACACAAGUGCUAAGGAAAACCAAAAUAUUGAGAGUUUAUUUAUUUAAAUUGCUGAGAAAGAAGAAUAAAAAGAUAUUAAUCCAACAAAGCCAUAAUCAAAUAAAGGAUUUUAAAAUUAGGUUUAAAGACCAUAGGGAGGAGGCUGCAAUUGUUGA